CUUGGGGGCGAGCGCGCUCGACUGCGUCUUCGCCCGACAAAACAGACGCACAGGAGAGUUCUGGUCCCCAGCAUUAACAGACAACCUCAGCUCUGAUUACAAGUCUAGGGUUCUGACACAUCCGUACAAUCAGUCAUGGCUCCUCCGGGGGUGCAGCCUCAGCACGGGGGCAUGACACAGACGGCCACUGAGGCGCCUGCCCAGCAGUUCGCAGCCCAGCCGCGAGCAGUCGGACCCAGGAAGAAGUAUCGCAGCGAUGAGCCCGAGGAGUGAGCCACGAGCCCCAAUAAUGAAUGACGUCUACUGCAUACUUCAUUCUUGUAUCGUUUGCUCACCUUCCUUCUGCAGCACGAGCAAGAAUCUGAUGUUCAAUAAACGCGUGAUUCGAGGCAACACAUACGCCGCCAUCACGGCGCCGCAGGUAAGGCAAUGGAAUGGCCAACGGAAUCGCUUUGUCUGAGAGGUAGAGUGGCGUGGGGGGUUCGGGUGAUGCAGCCUGAUCCAGUCCAGAUAGCGAAAGAGCGGGAGGCGCAGCGUCGUAGACUCCUGAGGGCGCAGCAGGCCGGCACGGGGGGCCCCGGCACCGCCCCUGUGCGGCAGAGGACACCUGACCCACCCCUUGGACGACAGCACAUCGAUGUGCAGACAGACAGGUCAGUCAGUCGGCCACACACGGACAAACAAGAGGGAGACGGUGCAGCGCUAUGAGUCAGUCGGUGGCUCUUGUGUGUGUUUGUGUAGGUAUUUGGAGGAAAUCACGGAUCGUGCCAUCCAGUUUGACGCCCUGACGCAGACUGAGUUGAUGCUCGAUCGGCCGCCGUCGCCGCUCUUCAUGCCCGCCAAGAUUGGGGUGGACGUCAGCACCCAGAUCAAGGAGGGGGAGCUGUUCGACUUUGACCGGUGAGUCAGAGUCAGCACACACAGCGUACACAACAGCCAGCCAUGCGCUUCUCUCCUUCAGUGAGGUGGAGCCCAUCUUGGAGGUGUUGGUGGCCAAGACGCUGGAGCAGUCCAUGAUGGAGGUCUGUCUGUCUGUCUCUGCCAGCCGAUCUCCUUGUCAGUCGCAUAAAAGCUGUGUGUCUGUCUUUGUCCACAGGUGUUGGAGGAGGAGGAGCUGGCAGCGAUCCGACAGCACCAGGAGGACUUCGACCGCUCGCGCAACAGCGACUUGCUCGAGGUCCAGCGCAUGGAGGCCUCCGAGAAAAGACGACACGACGAACUGGUGCGCACACAGGCCAGAUCGGCCUGCCUGCCUGCCUGCCUGCCUGUCCUCUUCAUGUGCCGUGUCUCCCUGGCCUGUUUCUACGUGUGCAGUUGCGUCGCAAGGCCCAGGCUCAGGCUCGUGCCAAGCAGCAGGCCAUUGUGUUCAAGAAGCUGCUGGCCCGCGACCUCAGCCGCACAUACCUCGGGGCACUUCAGGAAAGGGCACUCGACGGACUCGACGCGGCAGGUUCGACGGACAGAAGGGGGAGAGACACACUACACUUCUGGGGUGAGGUCUGUCUGUCGGUCGGUCUUGCAGGUGUGUUCCAAGACCCUGUGGGGGUGUCGGUUGAGGCCAACUUCAUCCCCUGGCUGCUCGACAACGUUGUGCACCGGGUACAUACUCGACAAGAGACACGAGCCCGGCGAAUGAAUAAACCGAUAGAUACCUGUGUGUGUGUGUGUGGAUUGAUGCGCCACGUGCAGGUUGAGGCCGACAGCCAGGUGUACUCUUCAGUGUUGCAAAAGGCCCUGGAGCAAGCCGUCGAGAACAUCGCCGCUCAGCACCAACCGGGACUGCAAGCGUACACAACAUACUCUCACACACUCUCACACAACACAACAGCACAAACACAUUCCCUCCCACUCUAUCUCCGUGUCUCUCCAGUGAGCGUGACGCAGUCGAGAAGGAAUGGGACGAGAAGACCGCCGCCAUUCGUGCACGCGAGCAGGUACACAUACCCACCCCCACACACAGCCAUCUCGCUUGUCAUGUCUCUCCCUCCCUCUCUCCUCAGGCCAUCCGUGAGGCGCAGGAGGCCGAGGAGCGUCGCAUCCGGGAGGAGGCGGAGGCGGCCGCCGCCGCCGAGGAAGCGGAGAGGCAGCGGUUGGCGGCCGAGGCGGCCGAGAGGGAGGGCGAAGAGGGGGAGGGGGAGGGAGACGAGGAGGGGGAGGGGGACGAGGAAGGAUAGCUAGAUAGAGAGACUGUCGUGAUACAUACAUAGGAGACCAUGUAUGUGUGUGUGUGUGUCUGUGUGGACGAACGAACCGUCGGCGGUCAACGAAAUGC